AUGAGACCGUUUUCAGGAGAUGGUCGGCCAACCAUUGUUGGAUCUAUUGAAUCAACACAAAAUGACGACGAUACUUUUGAGCCUCAGGACAUUCAAAAUAUUAGGGACUUUCAGGAAACCGCUGCAAAUCCAACUCGGUCGUUAUUUUAUAUUGUUGUUCUUACGAUGGUUAUAGGUGGUCUUCAACUUGCCUGGUCGACCGAGUUUUCCGAAGCAACACCUUUUUUACUUUCUUUGGGAUUGUCCAAACAGGUUUUAGCACUUAUUUGGUUAGCUGGACCUUUAUCUGGCACAAUAGGCCAACCAAUUGUUGGUCUUUUGAGUGAUCGCUGCGACUUCUUCUGGGGUCGAAGGAGGAUUUUUAUAAUGAUAGGAUUGUUCUCUACUUUAAUAUCAUUACUCCUUCUAGCACAUUCGAGGGAUAUAGUUAAAUUAUUUGUUCAUACAAAUGAUGAAACAAAAAUUAAUUUGGAUACAAUCCCAUUUGCUUUCCUUGAUGUUUAUGUGUUGGACUUUUCUAUAGCAGUCAUCCAAGCUUCGGCAAGGGCAUUAAUAGUAGAUGUCACACCCACAUCUCAGCAACAAAUUGCUAACGCUUGGGCAGCUCGAAUGAUUGGAAUAUUCAAUAUAUUUGGCUUUUACUUUGGAUCAACAAACCUUCCCAGAAUGUUUCCAUAUUUUGGGAAUACACAGUUUAAAGUGCUUAGUAUUAUUGUAUCCAUAAUGAUGUUUUGCAUAACACUUUUCUGCUGUUGGUAUAUUAAGGAGAAAAACCCACAGGAGGAUAUUAUGAUUCAAUUACAGCGGAAGCAGCAGAUUCAAAGAUUACGAGAUAAUGGCAUUGAUGCAGAACAGGCAAAGGAGUUAAUAGUACAAACUAAGUUUUUUUUUACUGGAAUCUGGUCUUCAUUUAAAGGACUUCCUCUUCAAGUAAAAAUCAUUUGCUACACCGAAUUUUUUGCAUGGGUCGGGUACUUUCCUAUGCUAUUUUACACUAGUUCGUAUGUUGGUGAAUUAUAUCUCUACGAAAAAGGUUAUGACAACCCAGAGGGAAUUCCCCCUGAUAUUAAGCAGGAUCUUAUUGACAAAAGCACUAGACGCGGAACAUUGGCCUUACUUGUAAAUUCUAUUGUUACCUUUCUCGUUGACAUGUUUUGUCCUUACGUGAUUGAGAAACUGACUAACCGAAUUAAGUGGUUCCGUAAAGUUUCCUUGAAAAACUUAUGGAUAUUGUCGCACUUGGUGUUCAUUUUAGGGAUGUUGGCAACAUUUACAGUUUAUUCAUCUGUACCAGCUAUAAUCUUAUUUGGAAUUUUGGGAUUUCCGUGGGGAUGUGCCAUAUGGAUACCGUUUGCUCUGAUAAGUGAGGAAUUAGGCAGGAUAAACGAUAUUCGAAGAAUUCAGGUAUUACAUGAUCAGAUUAAAUCAUCUACGGAGAAUCAUGAUAAUUUGAGCCCGGGAGGAUCUCAAAGUAUGACAUCACCUUCGAAUGGUUCUUAUUUGGGUUUAUCAAGUUCCACCGAGAUGUGUGAAAAAAAUGAGAUAUACUUUACACCGUCUCUAAUUGACUAUUAUUCCAAUCUAGAGCACGAUUCUGGAAUCAUAUUGGCUAUUCACAAUGUCUUUGUUUCUGCUCCCCAGAUGUUGUCUUCAGUUGCAUCAUCCUUUUUAUUUAAGAUUUUCCAAAAUGAGAAUGGUUUCGACAGCUCUCUGGCAUGGGUUUUUCGGUUUGGAGGCUUAGUUGCCAUUGGUGCCUUUGUUUUAAGCCUGCAAGUUUACACACCAGAGCAAUUAUAUUUGGAAGAUAGAAAAAGGGUGGGGGACUGA